AUGAAGGCAGUUGUGAUCACAACCCCCGGCGGACCGGAAGUCCUGCAAAUUCAAGAAGUGGAAGACCCGAAGAUCAAUGACGAUGAAGUGCUGAUCAGAGUGGCAGCCACCGCGCUGAACAGAGCCGACACCCUUCAGCGCCAAGGAAAAUACCCACCGCCGAAGGGCGACAGUGAAUACCCAGGUCUUGAGUGCUCCGGCACCGUUGAAGCUGUGGGCAAACAUGUCAAUAAGUGGAAAGUGGGUGACCAGGUGUGUGCUCUGGUUGGUGGUGGAGGCUAUGCUGAGAAAGUAGCUGUACCUGCUGGACAGGUUCUUCCUGUUCCAUCAGGUGUUUCUUUGGAAGAUGCAGCUAGUUUCCCAGAGGUGGCGUGUACUGUUUGGUCGACUGUCUUUAUGAUGAGCCGGCUAUCUCCAGGGGAAACGUUCUUGAUACAUGGGGGCUCUAGUGGAAUUGGUACAUUUGCCAUUCAAAUGGCUAAACAUCAAGGAGUUAAAGUAUUUGUCACUGCAGGAAGUGAGGAAAAGCUUGCUGCUUGCAAGGAACUCGGAGCAGAUGUUUGCAUAAAUUACAAGACUGAAGACUUUGUUGCUCGUGUGAAGCAAGAGACGGGAGGAAAAGGUGUUGAUGUUAUAUUGGAUAACAUUGGAGGGCCUUACCUCCAGCGAAACAUCGACAGCCUAAACUUCGAUGGGAGGCUGUUCAUUAUUGGCUUCAUGGGCGGCACUGUUACAGAAGUAAACCUUGUAGGUUUGCUCGCAAGACGCCUCACUGUUCAAGCUGCUGGCUUGCGAAACAGAAGCGUAGAGAACAAAGCGGUGAUCGUUAGUGAAGUGGAGAAGAACGUUUGGCCUGCAAUCGCAGCGGGCAAGGUAAAAGCGGUGGUGUACAACCGCUUCCCCUUGGCUGAGGCGGCGGAAGCUCACCGGGUAAUGGAGAGCAGCAAGCACAUUGGGAAGCUCCUACUUGUUACUUGAGAAUGGAUGCUCAGUUUUCACCCUUUUCUCAUUUACUAUGUAUCUUCUCUCCAAAAGUAUACUCUAAAUAAGGAGAAAUUCUUGUUUCAUCUUCUUUUAUGUAUGUUUUAAGAAAACACUAUUUUUAUAAGAAAUUAUAUUUGCAAUCAUAAA